GAUCACUGACAAUGUUUAUAUUGAAAUAAACAAGUCGGUAAGCCGAACUUAAUUCACUGGUCCGAUGUUAGACCAGUAAGUCAAGCUUAGUUGUCUUUAGCCCACAAAUACAGAUUUAUAUAAGUCCUAAGGAGCCAAUUGAGCAUUGCCCACCCAGCCAUGGCUUCAGCUCUUCCCUUCUUCUCCUUGAUCUUGUUUCUGUUUAUAUGUCAGUUUACGUGCAUAACUCAUGGAGAAGAUGACGAGAAAUAUAUUGUUAUCCCCGCCAGCUCUUGGAAGCCAGGAGAUGUCUGUUCAGGGCCCAAAGCAAUUGCAGGAACCAAUCAUACCUUCUUGGUAAUUACUCAUCGGCAUGGUCCCUGUUCUUCCUUCACCAACAAAAAGAAGCCCACUUGGAAAGAAAUCCUCCUUAGAGACCAAGUACGAGUUGAUUAUCUCCAAAACCGAGUUUCAAAAGGAAACAGCGAGCUGCAGAUCCAGAACUCAGAGAUAAGCAUCCCAACCAAUAUCGGCAGUGCUAUCGGUACUAACGAGUACAUCAUCACGAUCGGCUUUGGCACACCAGAGGUAACGCAGACGGUGGAUAUCGAUACUGGAAGCGACUUAUGCUGGAUCCAAUGCAAUCCAUGCCCACCAUGCUACAGUCAGAAUGAUCCCCUCUUCGAUCCGUCACAGUCAUCCUCCUAUAAUCCUAUCUCCUGCAACUCUGACGACUGCAGUCAGCUGCCCUCCAUUGGCUGUUCAAACUCCCAAUGCGGUUAUAAACAAGUUUACGGCGACGGCUCGUACAUUACAGGGGUCUACAGCUACGAGACACUAACACUGACGCCUUCAGACGUGAUCAACAACUUCCUGUUCGGCUGCGGCCACGACGACGAGGGUUUGUUUCAAGGGACUGACGGGCUUGUUGGGCUCGGGAGGGGCGAUCUCUCUCUAGUGUCUCAGACAUCUCAAAUCUACAGUGGAACUUUUUCUUACUGCCUCCCGGCGUCACCGACCUCAACCGGGUUCUUACAACUAGGUGCACCUGCUGACACUUCGAGCCUGUUAUCCACGCCAAUGCUGACGAAUGCGGGCAAUCCCAGCUUCUACUUUGUCGGACUUGUCGCAAUCAGUGUAGGUGGGCAACAGUUGAGCAUACCGUCGACAGUUUUCUCCUCCGGCGGGACUAUUUUAGACUCGGGGACAAUUAUCACGCGCCUCACUCCAACAGCUUAUGCGGCACUACGCUCGGCCUUUCGGAGCUACAUGUCGAUGUACCCGUCAGCACCGGCGAUCGGAAUUCUCGACACAUGCUAUGACUUUAGCGGCUAUGAGAACAUCAGCAUUCCGACAGUCGCACUGCAGUUUAGCGGGGAUGCCACAAUCAACCUCGACGGAUCAGGGAUUUUGACGGAUAGUGGGUGUCUGGCUUUUGCCGCAAAUAAGAAUGCCGGCGCUCUGAAUAUCAUCGGCAACGUGCAGCAGCGUACUUUCGAAGUAGUCUACAAUCUAGGAUCAGAGUCGAUCGGCUUUCGACGCAAUGCUUGUUGACAGAGAUUUCCACCUUUCUAGCAACAUCUGAAUUAUUGUGAUGCAUCAAAGGAGUUGCAUCUUAACAGAACAGGCUUCCUAUUAUUAUUAUUAUUAUUUUAAAAUAAAGACAGACAUUGGGUGAUUCGUAUGCAAUAAGAAAUAGGUUACGUUCUAAUGUGAUAUCAGGGGGUUCUUCGAACAUUUUUUUUUUUUUUAAGUCUAGUUCUUGUAGUUCUUGUAGUUCUUGUAGAUGAUGUGGAUUUUGUUUUAAGGAAAAAACAUGUUCCAUGAAAGAGAAAUAAAAUAGGGACCGACGGUCAAACUU